UGAAGACGAAGUCAAGGGCUCACCCUGAGGCAGGAGAUAAAAGAGAGCUGAUUAGAUCCGUUGCUUCAUUCGAUCAAGAUCUCACCUGCUACAGAAAGCUUCCAUCAUAACAUUUGCCUAAAUCGCGUCUCCGUUUCAUACUGUUAUUAAUCCAGUCACCGAGUGCUUUUACCGAGACAUGGAUUUCAAGAUCGCCGCUGCUCUGAACCUAUCUCCCGAGCUGGUCUGGUUCAGCCGCCAGUCUUACGAAGAGGAGUUGUCCUCGUUGUCUUCUGAGGGGCUGAGUGUCUACGGUGGUUACUUCCCAGAGAUGCCGCACGACCUGGGCAGUGACGGUACUAAGUCCCCGGGACGUGACGACAGCUUUGAGGCUGACAGCAUCGCAGGAGACGACUUUACCCACGCUCUCUUCGCGCAGGAGCAGCUGAUGUUGAACCAAGACAGCAGUUUUGAGUUCGGUAACAGCAAGCCCGCAAGCGACCUCAUUGACAGUCUGUCAGUUCCAGUUCCUACCGCCGGCACCGAGCCCUUGGCCAGCUCCCCUGCGACAUCACAGGACCAGGGCCUAUCCACCCAGCUGGAGAUCUACUACUCCCCAUCACCGUCCGCCAGCAGCAGCAGGUCCAGUUCGCCGCCGCAGCCCGAGCUGAUGGUGGCUACCUCCCCGGUCCAGAUAGACAGGCUCUUGGCCUCUCAAGCAAGGGAGGUUCCUGUGACCCUCUCCCGUCUGCAAGGCUCCAGAAACAGCCAUCCGGUGGCCGUGGCGGCUUGGCAGAGGGAGAUUCUCCGGGACUCUGUCUCCAGACACAGCAAUUUUCCGAGCCGUGCUCAGCUGCGGGAGUUGGCCCAGAUGACACACCUGCCUGUAUCAACAGUUAUGUGGUGGUUUGCCGAACAGCGAAGGAUCAACUUCCACCAGGCCAAGUACGGCUUCCAUUUCACCGAGCCAGCUUCGCACAGAGUCAGGGCGGGACAUACGCUGAAGAUCACCAACCACAGUUAUUGCACCAGGCACUAAAUGGUUCCAGUUGACUUUUUUAUCAAUACAAAUUCCCGGUUUUGACUGUUUUCAACUCCAUAUCAGGCUUUCCGGCAGGCAUUCAUUCUAAAAGUUCCAUUCUAUAAUGUUGCUUUGCCGUCAUGGGCACAUUUGUAAAUAGCCGAUUUUUUCUUUUCUUAAUUAAAAAUAUUUUAUGCUAGCCGUGAUUGAAUUGUGAUUUAUUGUAAUUUGCAAAUUUCAAACAUGGAAU